UUUAUGUACACCUCCUAAUCAUCUAAGUUGCGCAAUGUCGACUCUAUCAACCCUCGCAGCAUUGCUGCUCGUUGUUCAAACGGCUUUCACUGCGCCGACUGAGACGUCUGUAUCCAGCGUAUUCGGAUCUGAGAAAGUAGCUUGUUCGAUUUUCAAGCAGAAGUAUCCAGAUCAUACUUUCUACCCCAACACGGCAGGAUAUACAUACGAAACGCAGUCACAAUACUGGUCCGCCCGCCAAUUCUCCCUCCCAGCCUGCGUCUUCGUUCCUUCAUCCGCAACCCAAGUCUCAUUCGCAAUAACAACCCUAACCCUCACAUUGUCCAAAUUCGCAAUCCGGGGUGGCGGCCACAUGCCCGUUCCUGGCUACAACAACAUCGAUUCUAACGGCAUUCUCCUCUCGACUUCCAAUCUUAGCACCUUGGCACUUUCUAAAGACCAGGCUACCGUUUCCAUAGGCCCUGGAAAUCGCUGGCGCAACGUCUAUGCGUAUCUCCAGCCAUAUGGGCUCGCCGUUGCUGGGGGGAGAGUUGGGAGUGUAGGGGUUCCGGGGCUUUUAUUAGGUGGAGGGAUUUCCUUUUAUUCGAAUCAAUAUGGGUUUGCGUCAAAUAACGUUGUUAAAUAUGAGUGCGUACUAGCUAGUGGCAUCAUUAUCGAAGCAACCGCCAGAAACGCCUAUUCCGACCUUUUCUGGGCGCUGAAAGGCGGCGGAAACUCCUUCUGUAUUGUCACACGCUUCGACCUCAAGGCCUUCAAAUCGCCGAAAGUAUGGGUGGGAAUGGCACAAUACGAUCAAUCCCAGAGUGCCAACUAUCUUGACGCGGUAUACACUUUCGGUAAAUACGGCGCGCUGGAUUCAAAAGCCGCGAUUAUCCCAACUGUCGUAAUGCUUCCUGGAAUAAAUACGACAAUAUACGUCACGGCGAAGUUCUAUGAUUCUGAAACGAGCAGUCCGACGGUUUUUGAGAACUUUACUGCGCCGAACUUAGUUUCGUUUUCGGACUCAUUCGCGCUACAGCCGUUGAGCACGUACAUUGAUUCGACCGAUGUUCUCCAACCGCUUGGCCUUCGUCAGGAAUUUCGCGUUAUGUCAAGCAUUGUGAGUCGUGACGCCAUUGGGCUCAUUCACGACACCUAUACUUCUGCGGUAUCCGCAAAACUGUCUGGUGUUGCGAAUCUCACCACAACGAUUACCUUUCAGCCUAUCACGAAAGAGUUCAUCCAGCAAGGGAUAAACGCGGGCGGAAACCCUCAGGGUGUUGAUAUUUCCAAAGCGCCGUAUUUCUGGAUGGACGAGAGUUGGAGUUGGACGCGAGAAGAGGAUGAUGAGACCAUUCUUAAUUUUGCGGACUCAGUGACGGCGGAUAUUAAUAAGCAAUUACAGGCCAAGGGACUGGCCGGGACAUACCUCUAUAUGAAUGAUGCUGGGAAGGGACAACCUAUUUUCCAGAGCUAUCCUGCAAAGAACUUGGAGAGGCUAAAAGAGGUCCGGGAAAAGUACGAUCCAUCGAGGAUAUAUACGAACUUGACGCCUGGAGGGUGGAAGGUAUUGCAGGCAUGAGCGGG